CGUAAUUCGAGAAAUUGCUGUUCAAGAUGGCGGCAUAAAAACUUGUACUGUAGUUGUGGAAUACGUGUAAUAUCUAUUUAAUAAUUUAAAGUACAGAUUUUAACAACUUUAUUUAAAGAUGAGCCCAGUUGACUCGCAUUCCGAUGCCUCUGUUGAAGUGUUAAAUGACAAGAAAGUAGCUGAGAAUGAAGGGGUCGAUAUUGUAAAGAAAUCUAAGAAAAAGAAACAUAAGCAUCAUCAUAAGCACAAGAAACACCUGAGUGAUAAAGACGGGAAACAUGAAAAAAAACACCACAAGAAAAAGAAGCACAAGAAAGCUGCCGAAGUCCCUGAUGCUGCUGAAGAAAUUAAGCCAAAGGAAAACAUAUCUAUUAAAAUAUCAUCUGAUGGCUCAAAGAGAGAAGUCAGAGAAGCAAGUAAACCAAAAAGUGAGGAAAAAAUUGAAUCAAAAGAGACCAAAAUGUUGAACGGGAGUGACACGGCUCAUAAAGUAGAGCAGAAAGUCAAGAGUGUAGAGCCUCAGAAGAAACAUGACAGCAGUAAAAAUGGUGAUACAAAAAAUGAGAUAAAAGACAAAAGUGUAAAAGACACUAGUGUAAAAGUUACUGUGGGGAAGGAUGAUAGUGUCAAAAGUUUAGGAACUAAAGAAAAUGGUGAGAAGUGCUUAGUUGUGAAGAAUCAUAAUUCAAAAGAAUCACAUGUGGUUGAUAUAGUUAGUAAGAAUAAAGGAAACAAAGAAACAGGCUUGAAACCUUCACCAGCUAAAACACAUUUAAGUACAAAGAGUGAAGACUCAUCUGAAGAUAAUGACAUUAGAGCUAAAGACUCAGAGUCUGACAUAGACAUUACUGUAAUAGAAGAUGACAUUGAUCUUGAGGAUCUCAUGCGACAAAAGGCACUGCUUCAAGCGAGACUUGGAGCAUAUAUGUCUGAAGAAGAUGAUGAAGAUGAUGAUGAUGAUCGAUCUGAACUCCGUGGAGAUGCUAAACCAGUUCCUGAAAUAAUAACUUUAGGUGAUGAUGACUCUGACGUAAAAGGGCAUUCAAGUAAGAGAAAACAUGAAAGGAAGAGACGUCGGCAUAGCAGGAGCAAGAGCAGACAUAGAGAAGAUAAACGAGAUGAUAAACGGAAAGAAACCAGAGAAGAGAGAGACCGUGACAGGAAAAGGAGCACAUCAGAUGUAUUGCGAGAUGUGAAGAGAAUCAGAGAGAGUCAUAGUUCAUCCAGACGAAAAUCUGCUGAUAGAUCUCCUCUUAGGUCAUAUGAUGGAAGAAGAUCAUCAGAUAGAAAAAUUAGGGAUGAUGUUUGUAGAAGAACUGGUAUUGCCAAGGAAUCUUCAAGAAGAAGAAGCAGCAGAAGCCGUUCUCCAGUUCAUCAUGGUUCAUCACGUUCAUAUAGCAGAACUCGAGAAGCGAACAGUCACCGCUCACUGGACAGAGAUCGUGAACGUGAUCGAGAAAGAGAACGUGAGAGGGAACGGGACCGAGAACGUGAGCGGGAAAGGGAACGUGAACGUGAAAGAGAGCGAGAAAGGGAACGUGAUAGGGAACGUGAAAGGGAACGUGAGCGAGAAAGACUUAGACUUGAACGUGAUAGAGAACGUGAGCGUCAUCGUGAUCAUGACAGAGAUCACGAUCGUGACCACAGUCGACGACAUGGCCGUUCCAGGAGUAGGGAUCGACAUCAUUCAUCCAGAGGUCACUCCAGUAGGUCCCGUCAUGGUAAAGGGAGAGGAGAAAGAAAUGAUAAGUACAAAGACAGUCUGUCGGAAGGCUUGAAAGCUGAAAAAUCUUCAUCUGAAGAAGAGUGUUGUGAUUUUGACAUUGAAGAAGAUGAAGAUGAAGAACAAAUUAUUGAAAAGAGAAGGAAACAGCGGGAGGAACUACUAAGAAGGUUGGGAGCAUUAAGUGAAGAUUCUAAUGCUUCGAAUAUGAACAUGUCUGGGCAAAGCAGUGUUUGUGAGAAACCAGUUAACUGUCCUGACAAUUGCAAACCAAAUGUACCUGAAAUAAAAACUGAGACAAUUAAAACAGAGGAUGAUAAUGAGGACUCAAAACCAAAGGAGAAAAGAAAAUCACGCUUUACAUCAUAUGAUCCAGCUGCUGUUAAGGAAGAAGAAGAUGACAAAGAAAAUAAGCAAGAAAGGAAAGAUCGUAAAGAUGGGAAGAAAAAUGAGUGGGAUAUGUUUGCUGAGGGUGACAAUUUAGAGGCACUAAAUAGUCCAAGUACAGUUGACAAAGCCCAUGGUGGUCCAGAAAAUCCUAGUCUCACUGAUAACUGGGAUGAUGCGGAAGGAUAUUAUAGGGUCAGAAUUGGGGAAAUCAUGGAUGGUCGAUAUGUUGUUUAUGGAUACACUGGUCAAGGCGUAUUUUCAAAUGUAAUACGAGCUAGAGAUAGUGCAAGAGGUAAUAUGGAUGUGGCAGUGAAAAUAAUACGCAACAAUGAAAUUAUGCAUAAAACAGGAUUAAAGGAACUAGAAGUUCUGAGGCGUCUGAAUGAUGCAGAUCCUGAUGACAAAUUCCACUGUUUGAGGCUAUUCAGACAUUUUUUUCACAAAAACCAUUUGUGCAUGGUGUUUGAACCUUUGAGUAUGAACUUGAGAGAGGUUUUGAAGAAAUACGGAAAAGAUGUUGGGCUUCAUGUAAAAGCAGUUCGUUCUUAUAGCCAGCAGUUAUUUUUAGCCCUGAAACUUUUAAAGAAGGCAAACAUUCUCCAUGCAGAUAUUAAACCUGACAAUAUCUUAGUUAGUGAGAGUAAACUAGUAUUAAAAUUGUGUGACUUUGGAUCUGCUUCACAUGUGGCUGAAAAUGAAAUUACACCUUACUUAGUGAGCAGGUUCUACCGAGCACCUGAAAUAAUUCUAGGCAUACCGUAUGAUUUUGGGAUUGAUAUGUGGUCAGCUGGUUGCACCAUAUAUGAACUGUAUACAGGAAAAAUCAUGUUUGCUGGAAAAACAAAUAACCAGAUGUUAAAAUUUUUUAUGGAUCUCAAGGGCAAAAUGCCAAAUAAACUGAUCAGAAAAGGAUCAUUCAAAGAACAGCAUUUUGAUAGUAAUUGUAAUUUCCUGUAUCAUGAAGUUGAUAAAGUGACUGAAAGGGAGAAAGUAGUGGUCAUGUCAACGAUUAAUCCUACUAGAGAUCUGCUCUCAGAACUGAUUGGUAAUCAGAAUCUUCCAGAGGACCAAUUGAGAAAAGUAAACCAGCUGAAGGAUUUGCUUGAGAAAAUUCUCAUGUUAGACUCCUCAAAACGUGCUGCAAUCAACCAAGCUUUGACUCACCCAUUCAUCCAGGAGAAGAUAUGAGCUGUACUCAUUUGAGACCAAGUUGAAAUGUUGUUGAGAGAGGUAACUAAAAGCCUCCGGUGUGGCCCCGUAUUUCAAAGGGAAGGGGUGUUAGUUUCAUUUUAAGUCCUAUAGAUCAGUUGUUUAACUGAUUUGUAAAUAGACUUACAUAUUGUGAAA